AUGACAAAAUCCAACGGACGGCCCAACGAAGAAGAUCAAGUUCCCUCUGCGGAGCCAAGACAACCGCAGUUGAACCCAAGAGUAUGCAGCUGCAAUUGCAGCUUCCGAGGCUUCGUGACAGGUGAUGGAGAAGCGGGCGAGCGAGGAGUCGAUGGUGACGAUGCGGACAAGGUCUGGCUAGCAGGAGACGAGGGUGUCAACACACACAUGCUCUCGGCAGGCACGUCCCUAUCCCCUACACUCAAUCAGUACGAGCCGUUCAACGUGGACACGCAGUAUGUCCGCUACGAGCACGGGCGCAAUGGGUUUGUGAUGACAGGAGUUCUGGAGAGCUCAUCUGCCGUGGCCGAUGAUGACGACGGGUACAAGCUCCGUCGCCCGGGCUCGGAUGAGUCUAUGAUGAUGCACGGCGACGGCAGUGGCAAACUGAGCAUGGCCUCAAGCAUCUACCAGAUCACGGCGAGUUCGCAGAGCACCACGCAGCUCGUCGUCGGAACAGGAUCCCAGUUUGGCAACACCGUCCAUCACACUUUCAGCAGCAGCGCAGACAUGUAUACCGAUCCGAGAGAGUUCUCUGAGAAUGUGACGGAUGAUGAACUGGGCCACUAGCGUGGUCGGAGAGGAAGGGCACUACAGGCUUGGAGGCGUUCCGUGUGAUGAUUGUGCUUUUCGAGGUGGGAGGAAAUGUCGUUCUCAAAAUGGUAGGCGUCAGGUCUUGGACUGUAAAGUGAUUCUAAGCAUUGGCACGAGACGAGAAAUAAA